AUGGAGCUGGACCGUGCGAAACCGGCAUUCCUGGCGGCCAAAGUGGCAGCACUACAUACAGAGGCACAUGUGCGGCAGGGUGUGUAUAUGCGUGGCCGUGUGAAUGCGGGCGGUCCAUUGAUUACUCAAUUAAAAAUCGAUAACAAUCCCUUUGCGAAGGGCUUUCGUGAUACCGGCGCUGGCAAGCGGGAAAAGAAGCAAGCCCUCAUGUCGAAUCGCGGGUCCGAUUCGGACAAACUCAAUCCGACACAUGUUAGCAGCUCACGUGCGCCACUGCAUUUGGGUCAUACCGGUCGGCCACCGCACCACUUGCAUCCGCAUGCGGCGCUACACGACAAUCAGGCGGACGACGAGGACAAGCUGUUGGAUGUGGUCGGACCGCCGCAGAGCCCACUAUUGCCUUUGAGUCAUUCGUUGCAACAGAUGCAUGCGCAUCAGCAAUCCGCCCUUGCAGCCUGGUUCAACCAUUUGGCCGGUGCCGGCGAUCAUGCGAACGAAGAAGCUCUACGUCGUCGUCUACAAUCCGACGAUGUCGAACGUGAUGGCAGCGAUUCGAGCUGUUCGGAGAGUGUAGGCGGCAGCACGGGUGGUGCAUUCCGGCCCACCUCGUCGGGCAGUCCGAAAGAAGGCGCUGCUGGUGGUUUAAAUGCAGCUGGCGGCGCAUAUCCUUCACCGAACAUAUCGGUAGGCCCACCGAUACACCCGUCGCCGCAUCUGUUGCCUUACCUCUAUCCACAUGGCCUCUAUCCGCCACCGCAUCUGGGGCUGCUACAUAAUCCGGCCGCUGCGGCCGCCGCCAUGAAUCCGGCCAGUCUCAAUCCGGGCUUGCUAUUCAACGCGCAAUUGGCGCUCGCCGCACAACAUCCCGCCUUAUUCGGACACUACUCAGGACAUACGCCCGUCUCACCGCUACAGGGACUCAAGGGACAUCGUUUCUCGCCAUACAGCUUGCCUGGCAGUUUGGGCUCUGCCUUUGAUGCCGUUACGCCUGGUUCGAAUGCGAAUCGCGGUGGCCCGUCAGGCGCUGGAGAUGCCUCAACACUGGGACCUGGCAGUAGUGGUCCCGGUAGCAGUAUAGAAAAUGGACCGCGCAGUUUGAGCUCCAGUCCACGUCCACGUGCCUCAUCCAACUCACCGCCGACGCGUCCGAUUUCUAUGUCGCCAACGACGCCACCAUCACUGCUGAAGCGGCAGAAUUCACCCUCAGAGCUGAAGAGUAUCGAGAAAAUGGUCAACGGUUUGGAAGUGCAACACAAUGGUAGUGGCAGCAGCGCUGGUGUGGGCAUGGGUAUUGGUAUUGGUGCGCUGGUCAGCGGCGCUUUGGAGGAGCUGCAACGUAAGACACCAACACAAGUGGAUCAGUGACAUUUGUUUGAUCGAGACGAUAACGACCGUUCGUCCGUUAUCGAUCUCGACGAUGUGUGACCGCAAGAGCAGGUUUUCCUGUUGCUUUAGUGGGCUUACAAAGGAGCCUACGCGCAUAUGAACGCGGUGGCAAUGCAGCUAACAAAAUGGCAGUCAACAACCUACACUGCGACAAAAAUAUGUCAAUUGCUUGUUAGGCUACUAGGCUAAGGCUAGAGUGUAGUGUCACAGUUUAAGCCUCUACCGCCAAUGCACCUUUACUUGUCUCUCGUAUGUAUAUAAUAAUAAGUAUCUAUGUAUAUUUAGCUUAAGUAGCAUAACAAAUAAGCUUGAAAGCGUUUAUCUACUUGUUUAAAAUUAUGUUCCACAUACGAUCCACACACAAAUGUUUACUAAAAAGAGUAUUUUCGUGCAUAAAUGCGGCAGUUAAGCAAAAAUAAUGUGGGGCUAGCUUAACAAUGCUGUACUAUAAGCGAUUCAUGUGAAAUACUUGUUUCGCAAGGCACUAAAAGCAAAUUUAUUGAAUUUUGUGCACACAUUUCAUUUUUGGCUUACGUUCUACAUAACAUCCACUCAAAUUUAACACAUUUCUUUUACGAAAAUACUUUGCUUUUAGUUAUACGUUGAAAUCAUCAUAAACUAGUUAUGUUCCACAUACAAUCCACAUACGUUCCAUACUUUUUUUCUACAUUUACACAUUCUACAUUUGCUUUGAGCAUUUUUUUUAGCUGCUUAAUGUUAUAUUUUUGUUUAACUGGCGCCUCUGCCUACACCAGCAACUAUAUCUGCAAGUAUUGUAUCACACAUAGUUAUUUAUAUAGAUUUAGCAUCAUAUAACUAAAAAAUUUUGAUUUUGUACACUUUUGCGUUUUAAAUUUAGUUAACUUUUUAAGUUCUCAAACCAAAGAGUUACUUUCAGUGUAAAAAAUAUAAUUUUUUCUAACAAAACCUAAAAAUACUACUAAAACUUAGUUCUUGCUGCUAAUUUGCAUAAAAAUAUAAUUGUGUUUAAUUUUGAAAAAAAAGUUAUCUUAUCACAUUUCUCUUAAUUGUUUCGCACGUACACUGUGAAAAAUAUUUAAAAACACUUCUCUUUAGCCGAAUAUGUAAGUGACUUGCCCCCGAAAACCCAAAAAAAUGCCUACUAAAUUUAGGAGAGGGCGUGGCAUUCAACAUUACACGCUCAGAGUAUUAUAAUUUAACAUAGGACAUUGUAUAAAUGUGUAAUUUUUUCUGCAAAUAAUUAAAAAAAUAUUAAAAUAUAUAACGAAUAGGCGUAAAGGCUUGUAUUAUUUAGUUUAAAUUUUUUAAAUGCUAAUAAUUUGUUUUUGCAACAGUUCAAUA